UCAGACACUUGAUUGGACACGUGACAGAAGUUUGACCUGAGUUGGAGCAGCAGUUUGUCGCUCUCUCCUUUUUCAUGUUCUACAUUAAUAAUGCGCGGGCUCAUUUGUGGACCUAAAUGCGCCGCAUGCGGGAUUGUACUGAGCACGUGGGGGGUGAUAAUGUUGGCCAUGCUCGGGAUCUUCUUCAGUGUACAUUCAGCCACACUGAUUGAGGAUGUGCCUGCACCUGACGACAUCCACCAAGAUGACUACCCACAGAGGAUCUAUGAGCUGUACAACAAGGUGGGCUACAACUGCUUCAUAGCAGCUGCUGUCUACGUCCUGGUUGGGGCUUUCUCCUGCUGCCAGAUGAGGCUCAACCAAAAGAAGGCGUACCUGGUGCACUAGUGCCACCUGCUGGACUGGCGAGCUCCCAGCAGCAGGAGGAGAAGGGUAUCACCUGCUCUCUGAGCUGCCUCUGUCUCAGGGUUUAAAUCUCCUCAUGAAGGAGAGUGGAUGCUGUGAGACAUGAAUCUUCUGCACCUUCAUAUUUAUGAUGAGAUUAAUUUUGAAAAUAAGUGCUUUAAUUAUUUGAUUGCAGAAGAUUUCAGUUGUUCUCCAGAGUCUGAAUGAUUCCUCUUGUCAGAGUAUUUAAAUAUUGUAAAUUAUUUUGUCUGUACUUACUGUACUGUACAAGAGAAUGUAUUUCAGAUUGUUACCAGUAUCCAGUUGUGACUGUAAUAUUAGUCAUUAGAUGAAGUUAUUAAAUAGUUUUCUCUGUAGUUCAUGGUCUCUGGUUGUGUCUCAGUAGGAUCUGUGAGCUAGCUGUUGGACUGUAGAUAUGCAGGACUGAAUUUGCCAUUUCUUCAAAACUGGCUCUCAGUUUAUCUGGAGUUGUUGUCCUCAAGUCCUCAUAUUUCAAACCUGAAUCAUGUCCCAGACUUCCCAGCUUCUGAACAUAUCACUAUCAUCUGUUGCUUAAGUAACAUAAUGAAAUGAUGAAAACCAGCCAACCUUCUCCUGGUGCACCAACACUACCUGUUCAAUAACAAAAUGUCAUACAAAUCAUAAAUGUCUAAUCAUUGACUUGUAGAAAAUGUUUGUUUUUUAUUUUUACAACAUUGAAUCACAGUAGAUGCAAUUACAAUCUUUUUUUUUCUAAAAAACUGAUGAAUAAAAAAAUGAAUGAAUGAAAAUAAAACAGAAAAAUCAAAAUGAA